UCUAAUAAUCCUCUGUGUUCACAGGUAAAUGGCAGCACCAAUUAGUCAAAAAGAAUAUUUAAAGAAAUAUUUAAGUGGUGGUGAUGAUGGCGAGAAAAAAAAGAAAAAGAAGAAAAAAAAGGAUAAGUCCUCCAUGGGUACGCAGAGUAAAGGAAUGCGCAUCAUAGAAGAUACAUUUGACAUAAAAAAUGUACCCUUUGGAGAAGGGGAAGAUGAUGACAAUCCUACCAUUGCAGAAGUUACAUAUGAAGAUGAAAGCAUGAAAGUCAUGGAGGAAUUUCAAAAGAGUAAAAAAUGGAAAAAGAUGGGUGAUGAUCAAGAUGAGGCAAAUGGUAUUGGUAAGAUGGUUGAUUUUGGUCUAAAAAAACAGAAUUUAGAUGUACAAAGGAGUAAAUCUGAUAUGCAUACUCAACUAAAACGGCAAAGACAUGAUUCUGAUGCUUCUCCUCCUAGAAGACUGAAGCAUAAUUCUGAUUCUUCUCCACCUCGAAGAAAAAGGUAUGAUUCUGAUGAAUCUCUACUCAGUAGACAGGGGCAUGGUUCUGACAAGUCAUCUAGGAGACAAAGGCAUGAUUCAGAUGCCUCUCCACCCAGAGGAAAUAGGCAUGAUUCUGAUACCUCUCUACCCAGAAGACAGAGGCAUGAUUCAGAUGCAUCACCACCCAGAAGACAAAGGCAUGAUUCAGAUGCCUCUCUGCGCAGGAGACAUGAUUCUGAUUCAGAUGCCUCUCCACCCAGAAGACCUAGGCAUGAUUCAGAUGCCUCUCCACCCAGGAGACAGAGGCAUGAUUCAGAUGCCUCUCCACCUAGAAGGCAAAGGAAUGAUUCAGAUGCCUCUCCACCUAGAAGGCAAAGGUAUGAUUCAGAUGCUUCUCCACCUAGAAGGCAAAGGUAUGAUUCAGAUGCCUCUCCACCUAGAAGGCAAAGACAAGAUUCAGAUGCCUCUCCACCCAGAAGACAGAGGCAUGAUUCAGAUACUUCUCCACCAAGAAGGAAAAGGCAAGAUUCUGAUACCAGCCCACCAAGAAGAGAAAGCUUUGAUAAUUCUUCUGCAAAUAGCAGACCAGAAAGUUUAGAGAAGCCGUUAACCAAAGAUAGUAACUAUCGACCUGAGCGCAAAAUGACAACUCAGGAAUAUCUUUUAGCAAGGAAGCGAGGAAAGCUAAAGAAAGACACGCCUGAGGAUUUGUUGCGAAAAGAACGAGAAAAGAAGUUGCAGUUGCAAGCUGAAGACAAGCACCAGCAGUGGAAAUAUGGUGUAAAGCAAGUACAGCAGUACCAGCAGAAAUUAGCAGAUGAUGCCCGUGAAAUGGGGAAAGCUUUUGCUCGAAGUGCAGACGAUAAAGACUUGAAUGACAAGCUAAAGGAAGUUAUACGUGAAGAUGAUCCAAUGUUAGAAUAUUUACAAAAGAAACAGCAAAAGGAAAGUAAACAGCCUGUACACCCAAUGUACAAAGGAUCUUUUCCACCAAACAGACUGAAUAUCCGCCCAGGAUAUAGGUGGGAUGGUGUUGAUAGGUCAAAUGGUUUUGAAAAACAGUGGUUUGAACGUCAGAAUAAUAGACAGGCUCGUGAUGAAGAUGCUUACAAAUGGAGUGUAUCAGAUAUGUAAAGCUCCAGGAGAAAAAAAGCCAUAACGAGAUGAUUAACAAAAAUGAAUAAAUAGGAAUUUCAACUAAGUUUUUAUAAACUAUCAUAAUACCAUGUUAUUUUACAAAUGACAUCAUCUAACAUGAUGCUACCUACAAUAUUUGUUGUAAGGCAGUUGAUAGACUUCAGAUUAUUCUGGUGAUGAUAAAACUUUGAAAAAAGUAGUACAGAGAACUGUAGUAUUAUUUGGUUGAGUAUUUUAUAGACACCAUGUUCAGUGUGGCUUGUAUGUGGACUGAGCAAGGUACUUAAGAUGAGACUAAACAAAAAGAAAGUAAUAUAGUUAUCUUUUAUGAGAUUAUUGGAUAAAAUAUGGAAACAUUUUAUAUACAGAAAGAGUGCAUAAAUUUAAAUAUGUAAUAUAUACCAUACUGUACUCUUUAUAGGUACCUUUUUGUAAAAGGAAAUCUAACAGUAAAGUUUCUACUAAAAAGUUUUGCAAGGACAACCAUAUUAACUACUUAUAAAAUUCUUGGUCUUUUUGAUCAGAUGAGGGUUGAUGCUUUGCUAAAUCCAAGAAUGGGAAAUCCAUUUAGACUUCCUGUGAAAGAAUUAUGAAAGUAAAUUCAAAACUAGCUCCAAAUUUUUCUUGUGCAGGUUUUCUUUAGUUAUGAUAAACUAUUCUAUUACAAUAUUAGAUAUUUAUCUCAUGAUUAACUGUUUAAUUUCCUUUUAAAAAUAUGUGAGCUAUGACAAAAUUAUUUUUCUGUUAAGAGGGAAGUAAGUAUCUUAUAAGUGACUGUAAAUUAUUUAAGAUUUGUAGACUGCAGAAUAGUGUACAGUGUACCUGUUUACAGAUUAUACUCUUGUAUUUAUCUUUGGUUUAUGCAAUUGUAUCCUUAAGUAAGUAACAGUUCUUCCAAAGCCAAGACUCAGAAAUACAGUGCUCGUGGUGCUCCCAAAUGCACCUAAUAAUUUUGUGUUGUCAUCAUGCGAAUUGUGAUUCAUCAUAUUUAAGUAAUAAUUUUUUAAAAAUACAAGUAGGAAACAGAGAUGCUCUUGAUCAUAUGUAUUUGUUAUCUAAAGUAAUGCUGGUGGAAGUAGAAGGUAAAGAAUCAAGAAAAAGAAAUAUACAGUCACUACCCAACUUAUGAAUGAGUUAUGAUCCGGAUGGCUGUUUGUAUCUUGAAUUGUUUGUAUGUUGGUUUUUAAUGUGAUUUUAAAGGUAAUGUACCCUUCAAGCCCGUGUAAGUACUUUGAUUUAAAGUCUAAAGGUUUUUCCAUAAAUACGUAAGUGUAAUUUAUUUCCAUUGAAAAUCUUUUGCAAAACUCAGAAAUAUACAGCAUUAAAAAGAAAUGUAACUUCCCCAUA